AUGGCAUCUUCUUCCUUUAAAUUGACUCUGAAAUUGCUUAUCGACACUAAGCGUGAGAAGGUUCUGUACGCAGAAACAUCAAAAUCCGUUGUAGACUUUCUCUUUAACUUGCUCUGUUUACCCAUUGCUACUGUUAUAAGGAUUGUCAAUAAGAAUCAAAUAGUUGGUAGCUUAGGCAAUCUCUAUCAAAGUGUUGAGAAUCUUGAUGAAACCUACAUGCAACCAGGCCAGCAUAAGAAUCUACUGUUGAAACCAAGUGCCCUCAUGUUUUCACCAAUCUCUGGUCUUCUUCCUUCAGAUAAUGACAGUUCUUCCAACAGUUCUUCCAACGACUCCACGGAUGUAUUCUACCGGUACCAAUAUCACCGUGAUUACGUCACAUGUGAUAGGACCAUUCAUUGUCCUAAUUGUAAGUUAUCUAUGAACGCGCAAAUGAAUUUUGUUGGUGAAAAGGUUGCAAAUGAAAUUGCCAAGAAGAGUGGUUUUGUAAAAGAGGUAGUAACUUACAUUGUGAUGGAUGAUCUGACAAUUGAGCCCCUGUCAGACAUUUCAUUCCCUACUCUACUUAACAAAUUCAACGUGAAAGAUCUUGACGACUUGGAGACAAAGGUGAUCGAGUUGGACAUGAAUGAGGGUGUGAAUCUUCUGAAAGCUUCUAUGCAGUCGAAGACGGUUUUGACUGAUGUUUUUCUCAAGAAUUCGGCUUAA